ACAUAAUUUACUAAAUGAAGCUGAAAUUAUGACUUAAGUAACGCACAUUUAAUCAAUCUUAUCAAAUCGAUUUUAAAUGAAUUUCUUAGAAUUUCUAUUAUAGCGUAGAAUUUUGUUAUUUCCACAUUUGUUUCCUUCUUUUAUGUACAUGAUGUGGAUGUGUUCAUCAACACACGUAUAUCGCAACACAAACUCAUAUACUUACUUAACGGGUAAUUCCGGGUCGAUACACGAUCAGUGGUGGAUCCCAGUUGAUGACAGCAACAACACGAUACGGAACUCUUUAUUAGUAUUAUUCCAAUUGAAAAAGUUAUAUUUUUUGGUUAUUAUGAGAAUUGAUAGAAGGUAUUUCUUUUUAAAUACAUUUUUUGCCUUCUUAAAUAUUGUAUCCACACAACAAAGAGUGAAAUGUGGUGCUGGAAAUUUCCAAUGUCAAAACGGAGAUUGUAUAGCAAGCGAACUUUUAUGCGAUGGAGAAGCAAAUUGUAAAGAUCAAUCUGAUGAAACACAGUCUGAAUGUUCUAAACCACAAUUAGUAUGUUCACCAUAUGCUUUUCGAUGUAAUUAUGGUGCCUGUAUUGAUGGUGAUCUAACGUGUAAUGGAAUACGAAAUUGCAUUGACAACAGCGAUGAAACAUUGGCUGCAUGUUCAGGUAGCUUGCAUAAUACUACAACCUCUGUAGAGUGUUCCAUAAAUCAAUUCAAAUGUGAUAAUGGUCAGUGCAUCGACUCGAUAAGAUUAUGUGAUGGUAAUGUCGAUUGUAAAGAUCGCUCUGAUGAAACAUCUUCUAUAUGUGGAUCAUUAAACUGUGAUCCAUUUUUAUUUCGUUGCUACUAUGGUGCCUGUAUAGACGGUGAUUUAAAGUGCAAUGGUAUAUUAAAUUGUGCGGAUGGAUCAGACGAAGAUAUAAAAUUGUGUUCAAAUACAAUAACAACAACAACUACUACUACUAUACCAUUUAUACCUCCUACAAGGAAUACAACAUCAGCACCUUCCCCAUGGACUCCACCACAAUCAAAUCGUUGUUUGGUGCCUCCUCAACCAGCAAAUGGUAAACGGCAAUUACAUAAGUCGCAAUGCCAAACACAAGAAAAUUGUGAUGUGCAACAAGGUGUACAAUUAUACAGUGGGGCUUAUUUGGUUUACACUUGUAAUUCUGGCUAUAAAAUAAGUGGUUCUUCUGAUGUAUUUUGUGGUCCAGAGGGAAAAUGGUUAAAUAUUCCAUUUUGUUCUGAAAUACGUUGUAAAUCAUUGGCUUCGGCAUCAACAAAUGCUAAGUGUACAUAUAAUGGUCAAUGGACAAUUUGUGAAUCUCCUGUAUUGCCUGGAACAGUGGCAACAUUGAAUUGUCGCAACAGCUAUCGUGAAGAUACGCUAUUUCUAUCGAGGCAAAGAAGUGAAGUUACAUGUAAUGAAAGAGGUCAAUGGGAACCAGAACCAUUACAAUGUAUUCCAGUAUGUGGAGUUGUUACUCCAAACGCAAAACCUCUCAUUGUACAUGGCAAUGCUGUUAAUAUUUCUCUAUUUCCUUGGCAUGCUACUAUAUAUGAAACAAAAAGUCCAGAUGGAUCAAAGGAAUUUAUUUGUGGAGCAACGAUUAUAAAAGAGAAUUUCCUUAUUACGGCAGCUCAUUGCGUUUUUGACGAAACAAAUAACAGAGUAAAUGACCCAAAAAGAUAUUAUAUAGCAACUGGAAAUAUUUUUCGUGACUAUGAUUAUUCGGGGCAUGAUUCACGUUUCGUUAAAAAGGCUAAGGUGAAAAACAUUUAUGUCAACUGUAAUUAUUUGGGCUUAGAAGGAAACUACGCUUGGGACAUAGCCCUCUUAGAGAUUGAUGUGCCAUUUGUAUUCUCAGCUUUAUUAUUACCAGCAUGUUUGGAUCAAUCUUUUAUUGAAUCUGGACAAGGGGUAGUUGCAGGAUUUGGUAGAACUGCUUUGGGGUCGUCAAGUUUUAUUCUACAAUCUGUGACACUUCCCUAUGUUCCUCUUAAUCAAUGUAAAUCUGCAGGCAAUACUGUACAGUCUGAGAAAUUCAUAACAAUUGACAAAUUUUGUGCGGGUUAUACAAAUGGAACAUCUGUGUGUGACGGUGAUAGUGGUGGAGGAUUGGUAUUUCAAACUGGAAAUUUGUGGUUUUUAAGAGGUAUUGUUAGUAUUGGACUUGGUGAAACGCUAUCUGGUGGUAUUAGGAGUUGUAAUAGUCAUUCAUAUUCUCUUUAUACACGUAUUUCCAGUCACAUAAGCUGGAUUCAAGAUAUUACUUUUAAAUUAGAAACAUCUAAACCAAUUCCUUCAUGUCGCAGUUCAAGUUCUUAUACAGUUGCAUAACUUGAUAAUAAAAUAAAGUACUGAUUUUAUAUAA